AAUUAACACUCUCUUCUCUCAAUUUGGAUUCAUGGGUUCUAACUCUAACACAGUAACACCCCAUUUCCAUAUUCAUUUGAAUUUCUCUAACCAUGUCUGAGAUGGGUCUUGCUGUGUCUCUGAUCAAGUUAAGGUAAGGUUCUGUCAUAAAUUCGUUUCUGUUAAGUUCUGUCUUGUUCCUCAGUGAGUGUUUUUGUCCACUGCAAAAUUGGGCACCAUAUGUUUGUUGAAAUAUUCGAAGAGAAAAAGCUUUGGAAUUGAAUUUAAUUGAAGCUGCUUUUGCGGGGGAAAAAUAAAAAAUAAAUAAAGAAUGAAGGAUUUUCCUUCUUGUUUUGGUGAAAAUGGAGUUCAAGUAGCUGAUUCUUCGUCUUCGAGCGCCAGUAAAACUGCCCAGAAUCUGGUUAAUUGUGUUUAUCAAUGCCGGAUACGUGGUAGAUCGUGCAUGAUUACUGUCACGUGGAGUAAAAAUUUGAUGGGGCAAGGCCUCAGCGUUGGGAUUGACGACUCUUCGAGUCAAUGUCUUUGUAAGGUGGAUAUCAAACCAUGGGUGUUCUCCAAGAGGAAAGGUUGUAAGAGUCUAGAGGGGUAUUCUUGUAAAGUUGAUGUAUGUUGGGACCUUUCUUCGGCUAAAUUUGGUUCUGGGCCUGAACCACUGGAGGGAUUUUAUGUAGGAGUUGUUGUAGAUCGACAAAUGGUUCUUCUUCUGGGGGAUUUGAGGAAAGAAGCUUUCAAGAAGACCAAUGCCAUCCCUUUACCCUCCAAUGCUGUUUUAGUUGCCAAGAAAGAACAUAUUUUUGGUAAGAAGUUGUAUGCUACCAAGGUUGUAUUUUGUGACAAUGGUCGAAUUCACGAUCUUGUGAUUGAAUGUGACACUACAAGUGCUAGUGAUCCGUGCCUUAUCAUUCGCAUAGACAGCAAAACUGUGAUGCAAGUGAAGCGAUUGAGGUGGAAGUUCAGGGGAAAUCAUACUAUCCUGGUAGAUGGCCUUGCCGUAGAAGUUUUCUGGGAUGUCCAUAAUUGGCUCUUUGGUACAUCUCUUGCAAAUGCUGUCUUUAUGUUCAGGACAAGCCUCUCCGCUGAUAAGUUGUGGUCUAGCCAAACCCUCUCCGAAGCAAAUCAGUUGCAGAGUUCUUUCUCUCAGAGAUUUUCUGAGACCAAAUUGCAGGGUCUUGGUUUCUCGCUUAUUUUGUAUGCUUGGAAGAACGUGUAGAGAUGCAGAAAUGCAUCAUAUAGACCUCUUAGUGAGUUUUGAUUUUUCAACAAUGUGAUUAAAAUACUGUUGAUUAAAAAAUGAGUCAUUUUGUUUCUCUCA